AUGCAGGAAGAGCACGGGAGCUUUACUUCAGAAAUAGAGUAUAAUAACAGAGGAAAUUUUAAGACAUACCAGAACAGUUCGGACUCACAAUUAUUAAACAAGUUGGAGAGCGAUGAUUCAUCCUUUAUUGGGGAGUACAACUCUUCAAUGAUAAGCUCCCUUGCCAACCAGAUGAUGGGAGAGGAGGAAAAUGAGUUCAAGGAUAAAUAAGGUCUUAGUCGAGGCCAUUAAGCAAAUCCUCAAAAAUUCUAAAUAACAAUGAACCAAGCUGCCUAAAUGUGAAGGAGAGGGAGAAGACUAAAUCUAGAAGGUCUGAAAAAUCCUGAAAUAACCCUCAGAGAUCCCACAGAUUUGAGUUUGAGACUGAUUCAAGUCAGGGAGGGCUAUUUGCAUGAACACGGCCUGGGUAUUCUCAAAAACAUAUUAGAAAGAGACUGAGAUAUCGCUCCUGUGAAUCCAGACGAAGAAGCUCUAUAGAUAGAAUCAUGAUUGAGCUUGAAGAUUUUAAAGAAGAAAUAAAAGUUAGAUUUAAAAAGAGCGGAUUUAAUCAUACUUAUGCUUUCCCCAGAAAAUCAAGUGAGGAGAUGUCUAAGCCUAAGAAAGAAAAGGCUUUUCAUUACUAUAACUUUAGUGGGACAUCUUCCAAGCGGAAUAGCUCCCACUCGAGUAAGAAUACUGAAGCAAUAAGUCAUCAGAUAAUAGAAGAGAGAAGUAAUAAAUCUAAGGUGAGGAAGGAGAAGCUCAAAUCAGAUCCAAAUGAAGCAACUUAUAAGAAGUGUGAUUCUAGUGAAGAGUUCAACCAAAAGAGCCAAUCUCAUAAUUAUGAUUCUCAGGAAAGUAGAGGGAAGAUGAAAUCUUCGAAAAAUUUAAACAAGUUAGGAUUCAGUAAACCUCCCGCUUGAACUGAAGCUGUGAGAACGAGAGUCGUUGACCUCUCUGCUUCUUCAAAGAGUCAUAUUCUACCCCAAUCUCAGGUUAAUAAUAUCAAAUCAGCAAGAGGAGUGCCAGAGAAGCCAAAUCUCAAGGCUGCUCAUAAUGGAUAUGAGCUAUGUAGGAAUAAUACUUUUGCUGGAUCCCAUAUGAAUAGCAAUGAUUUUGAGAUGAUGAGAGGAACGGAGUUUAGUUCUCAAUCGACACUAAAGCAUAGCAUUAAUGCACUUAGUCAAAUAAUAUCAGGGCCAAAAAUGAUGCAAGGAAAGCCUAAUUCAGCUCGAGGGCCUAGUUCUAAUAUGAUUAAAAACAAGUCAAUGAAGGAUUUUCAUGCUGAAAAUCCAUACCGAAGGGAAGAAAUUCUUCAAAGGGAAAUGGGAGAUUUCUUAAGUAAUUACUCUCAUAAUUCUGCGUUAAAGAGGGAAAAUCUCCAAAAAUCAGCAAGCUGGGCAAAAUUUGGAGAGCCUGUGUAUUGCACAAGGCAAGAGACCCACUCGAGGAAAAGUAGCAAGCAGCCUAAGCUUCGUAAGAGCAUGAAGAAGACAAGUAUGGGUUAUGAGCCUGAUAAGCCUAAGAAACCCAGAUCAAAGAAGGUCCCUAAAAACAGCUCAGGACAACUGAAGAAGAUUAAGAAAAAGCCUGACAGCUCUUUUGGAGGUAAAUCCACUCUUAAAGGUGAAUUUUGUUCUAUAAAAGAGAAAAAUGCUAUGAAUAAUGCCUCAAAAAUGCAUUCUAAUUCAUGAAUCAACCUGCUGAUUCCUAGCGAGAAGAAAGAUCAGAUUGACCGGAUGGCUACGUUAGAUAUCAGCUCUUUGAAGAGGAACAUAAAGGAGUAUAGUCCAACAAAGAUUGGAGAGUUUUAUGGUCCAAAUGACGAAUUCUCCCAGAUGAUGAGUUAUAAUGACUUUAAGUUCCAAAACACAGUUGAUCUCAGAACAAAGAAAGAUUUUAAACAUAUGGUUAAAACACAAAGGAAUCCUUACACAGGGAUUAAUAAUGAUAGCUACGUCAACUACCAAAAGAAACCUAAGGAGCUGCAAAGACAAUUUCAGGAAGGUAAAUGAAACCAACAAAGAAUCCAGAAGGUUGCUAAUACAAAAUCCUUCAAGCAAGGCAACAAGCAUAAAUCUUUAAAGAGCUUGCGGAUCAAUAGUCCUAGUGGCUUCAUCAUUGGGCCUCAACAGAGAGAGCAAGAAUAUGUUGAUAUCGGUACUUUGAAAGAUAAACUAAAUCAAACUGCAAAUUAUAAAGGCAUAAAUUCAAAAGAAAUUGGAUAUUAUCCUGACUGUGAUAACAUCCUUGCGAGACAUAUAAUCCCUGAAACUGGAGGAGAUGGUGAGAUGCACAAGAGCUCAACUUAUGGGUCUCAUAAUCGGAACAAGACUUCAAAUAACUUGGCAGCCACUUUGACCUUAGAUAAUAGUAAUAACAACUAUAUCUUUCUAAGCCGAGAUGAUCCAAUUGCUAAGAAGCACUUUGGGUCUUUCAAAGGUCCCACUGGGAAGAAAAGUUUUGGCUCAAAGCCUAAGACUCAUGCUAAGAGUAAAUGUAAGAAGAGGUCAAGAAACAAGCAGAUGUAUAUUGGCAUGACCUCGAACCAAUCAAAAUAUACUUCAAAAUUCCCAAAAGGAAGUUUUAAUGAAUGAGGAAUGAUGUCAACUGGCAAAAAGAGUAUUAUGACUCCAAACAAAAAGGAUGGUUCUUUCGUGCUCACAUCUUCCAUUGAUGGUAGGAAGACGAUGAAUCCUAUAUCAAGGAAUAAAAAGAAAAAGGUUCAUGCAGCUAUUGGUAAAAUCAAAGGCCCACAAACGUCAAGGAAUUUAUCAAAAAUGCAAGGUGUUUCUUCAAGAAUUACUGGAGCCUCCAGAGGGACUUCUAAGGGAGCAUCAAAAGGAAGGUAUACUGGAAAUACCAAUACCUCUAGAACUGAGAGAGCCCUCGAAUCUCUGACUGGGCUCUCCGCACAAGUCUCUCACAACUACGAAAACCACUACCCAACGAAGAUCCAGAAUUUAGGUAAAAGUGGUAUAAGCCAUUCAAACUCCCACAAAAACAUUAAGAUGCAGAACUCAGCGAGUCAAUCAAGUUUUGGUAAUAUUUAUAAAAACCAAAUCAUCAAGAACAACACAAAGGUGAUGGGAAAUCUCAAGUCCAAAGUAACAUGAAUUCCGAUGAAGAUGGACACAAUCAAAAACUUGAGAAAAGGGUAUGCAGGCAUUUCCAAAAUGAGCAAGCUAGUCCAAUCAGGCUCUCAGAAGAACAUCAAGCCUAAAAAGGCGCAUAAAUCCAAAGAAAGGGCCCAUAAAAGGGCUGGCCUUGGUCUAAUGGAUAAUAAGGUCAAGUACUCUAAAAUAGAUUUAUCCAGGAUGAACCAGCUAAGAUAAAGCCCAAAUUUCAACUUUAUUUACA